CUAAACAUGUAAGGGAACAACUUAAGUCUGGACGAGAAAUAUCACAUCGUUCACCAGAAUUAGCAGAACAACAAACAUCUCAAAGAAAAGCAUUGUUCUGGAUGACUCGAAUUAACAUUGUUGAAAUGGCACAACCAAUAGUUGGAAUAGCAGGAGGGGAG